CACUGCGAUUCGCACCUUGCAAUAAUACACAUAGUCUACAUAUAUACUUCCCUUCCUCCCCUCUUCCUCCUCCUCCUCCUCCUCCUCCUAAAGCAGCUUGCUGUGCACGAUCAGAUCCUUUGUAAUUGGGAUCUGUUGACCCUUGUUCAUCCAACACUACUCGAUCAGGGGUCCCAAUAUUCCAUCACUUUUCUCGCUCUGAUCUCUGAAGCGGUGUGAUAUAUGCCUCACGGGACACAUCCUACAGGAACGAAAAAACACAGUAUAGCUCAUAGUGAUACGCGACGCCAAAAGGAUGUCUGGAGAUCCAACGGCGGUCUCAAACGGGUCAGGGGAGGGUACGGUCGCAACGAGCCCAGACCCAAAUGCGCAUACGACCGACGAUCAUCCAUCCACGAGAGAUCGUCCGGGAAUGACGCGCACAAGCAGGACACGUUCUGGCGAUCUGACUGGAUUGGCGGCUGUCUCACAUUCGACACACUCCUCCACAACGAGUGCAAUGCCCGCAACAGCCGCGAUCAUGGAUACCAACACAGACAGCGAUAAUAUCUCAACAACUCAGUCCUCCACGGCUCGCUCGAAUGGCGGUGCACGGGGACCCCUCGGUCCUCGACCAGGGGUGUAUCGCCCUUGUGCACGGUGUCGUGUCAAGAAGACGAAAUGCGAUAGGUCGAAACCAAUUUGCUCGAGCUGUGUCAAGGCAGGACCGGACGUGAUCUGUUUAUACGACAACGACGAGCUCACAGAAGCAUAUGACAGUACCAGUGGAGCAGGAUUAGCCACUGCUGUGCUGCCAAUGUCCACCCCAGCAACAGAAACGAAGAAGGGCUCGGAUCAUCAGAGCAAGAAGGCAACAGCAGCGGAAGGACCACAUCGAGGGAGAAAGGUGGUAGGCGUAACUGCUGCAACGACAUCAGCACCCAGGUCUUCAAACGGUCAUACAACACGAGGCGGUGGCGACAAUAGCAAUAAUAACACUAAUGGUGCCAAGUCGGUAACGGCCUUUUCAUCGCAAGCUUCGUCAGGCGGCAAGAGAUCAGGAGAUGUACCGCCACCUAGUAAAAAACUUAAGACUGGCGCUGGAUCUUCAGACACAAUUAAGCCGAGUCCUCUGCGUAGUUCUGUUACAAGCAUCCGCAUUUCAACCGCCAAACUUCUUACGUUCGACUCAAAGGAAACAGAAUCAGCGCUUG